CGAACAUCACAACAACAAAACAAAUCAAAUUGCGAAUUUCUAUACGGCGCGAAUGUAUUUUUCAACCUGUAAAUUAAUUUCAUUUUAAUUAGGUACUAUUUAUAAUUAUAUGGUGUAAAUGUAGGUGUAGUUGAUUUCUGUUCACAUAUUAAUAAUUCAUUCAUCAGUUGCCAUGGCUAAAGCAGAAUCUGCUACUAAUAUGGAUUGUUUAAACAUCGAAUUUAUGCGAUCUCUUGUAAAACAGUACUCAGAAUUGGGACAGUGGACAAGUGCAUUUUUCUGGGCUGAUGCUGCAGCUGCAGCCGGUAGCGGCAAUGGCCAGGCUAGUGGAGACGAUAUCUGGCUCUUGGCCAGUGCCAUGUUGGCUCGGGGGGAGCUUCAUAGAGCUGCACAUGCAGUCACUACAAGAGGCCUACACAAGAGGCACUUAUUGUGCCUUGGAGUGGUGAUGAGAGCGUUCCUGACUGCAAAAGAACCAGCGACUGCCCUUAGCAUGUUUGAUGAGUGUGAUCCAGCAUUAUUGGAGCCUCGGAACACUGACCAGACACAUAAUAGAGCGCUUGCAGGGGUAUUAGUGUGGCAAGCAAAAGCUCUGUCAAGUUUAGAGAGGAGGGAAGCGGCUGCGGAAGCCCUGACCUCCGCUCUAAGGGCGGACUGCGCUUGCUAUGAAGCCCUAGAUUUGUUGCUAGAUCAACAUGCGCUUACUUCAAAACAAGAAUUGGAACUAAUAGAAUCACUGCCGAUCAGCCAGCAGCUUAGCUCAGCGGAAGGUAUAUUAGUUCGGAUGGCCUACUACGAGCGGUUGCAGCGGUACGUGCCGCCCUCGCCUGCCGCUAUACCGCCCACCAUGGAUUGUCCAAUGGCGCAAGAAGUAGAAGCGGUCCGAGCCCGCACGGCGGAGGCGGCGGCGUGCCGCGCGCGGCGGCUGUGCGGCGCGGCGCGCUGGCGGCCGGCGCUGGCCGCGCUGCCGGAGCCCUGGGCCUGCGUGGCGGUCCGCGCCGCCUGCCUCGUGGAGCUCAGGAAGACCGCCGACCUGUUCGCCUUCGCCCACACCUUGGUGGACGCCUACCCGCAGGAGUGGACGUCGUGGUUCGCGGUCGGAUGUUACUAUUAUCUGAUUGGUAAAAGCGAGUUCUGUCGUCGCUACCUCAGCAAAGCCAAGUGCCUGGAGCCGGGCGCGGGCUGCGUGUGGCUGCUGUACGGCCACAGCUUCGCCCGGGAGAGUGAGCACGACCAGGCAAUGGCCGCCUACUUCAAGGCCAGCCAAUUGAUGAGCGGCUGCCACCUACCCCCUCUCUAUGUGGGUGUGGAGUGUUCCCUGCUUAACAACCCCAGCAUGAGUGCCAAGUUCCUCGCCAGAGCAGCCGCUUUACAUCAUGGAGUUGACUGCGCAGAGCCCCAAGCGGGCGAGGCGGAGGGCUCCAAGGGGCGCUGGGAGCGCGUGCUGGCGCUGGUGCACGAGCCGCACGUGGCGCACGAGGCGGGCGCGGCGGCCUUCGCGGCCGGCGACUUCAGGGCCGCCCGGGCUCUGCUGCUCAGGGCGCUCGACAUCGCCAGGGGGAACAAGGAUCUGGAUGACCUGGACGCGCGCUGGGCGCCGACGCUGGACGCGCUGGGGCACGCGGCGCGCGCGCUGGGCCGGGCGGGCGAGGCGCUGUCGUGGCACUCGCGCGCGCUGGCGCUGCGGCCGGCGCGCGCGGCGUCGCUGGCGGCGGCCGCGCUGUGCCUGGCGCUGCUGGGCCGGCCGGCCGACGCGGCGCGCUCGGCGCACGCGGCGCUGGCGCGCGACCCCGACGACGUGGUCGCGCACACGCUGCUGGACGCCAUUCUGGACAAACUGGACGCUGCCGCCGCUGUGUUCGCGGACGAGGAGAUCCCGCAGUUCCCGUUCCCGGAAGUGGCGGUGCCCCCCGCGCCGCUCACCCCCGCCACGCCCCACCCCCGCUCCGACCACACCAACACCUCCGACAUGAGCAUGAGUUUCGACUGAAAAUAAACUUGUAGCAGGUGGUGUCAUUUUCCACACGAUGCAGGUUUCAUAUAUGUUAGAUGAUAACCAUAUUAUGUUGGUAAUUAAUGUAUGCAUUAAACAGGAAUUAACACGAACAUACCGUUAUUCUCCUGACGUUUCGGCCGGGUUGCACCGACAGUGGUCACAGGAUGACUCUACUUUCAGACAUUUGUAAUGUCUAAAAAUUUUACUUUUACACUAGGUGAUGUCAUUAUGAAAUUGUAGAUUCCCUUGAUACGAUGUACUUUUACUAUUGAAUGUUUGUAUGUAUGUCUUUCCAGACAAAACAUUGCACCGAUCUCCAUGCUUUUUUAUUCUAUGAAUAUUCCGAAAAUCCUCAAUACGUGUACAAUAUGAAGGAAUUACGGAAGUUAUCACUUGGCUCAUAGACGUAGGAAAAAAGGCGGACACAGCGUGGCUUAAAGUGAAGCAUCGUAAUGGCGGCAUUGUACGCAUGUGUGAGUGACGGAAAACUUGCAUUCGUGAGAUAAUCUGUGACGCACCUAUUACGUAAUGGCGGCCAACUGUCACAUUGGCGCGAGGCAUGUAUAGUGGGCCGACUUCAUUUUGCCGAAUCGUAAAACUCCGUCUGCCUUUUUUUCUACGUCUAUGACAUGAUUAAUUAAGAAUCACCUUGCUUCCCUUUUGUAUAAACGCGUAGCUGUAUACUAGUUUUUACUUUUUUUUUCUAUCAACAUCUAUUCAUCCUUCUUGGCGGAUAUAUACUUGAGACUGGUUGUCAAAAAAUCAUUUACUUGCAUUCAUAGAUGUGCAAGUUAAAGCCUAAUAAAUAGUAUACUCAUUUAACCUAGGUGGACCAACCCGGGUGAAUUAAGUCUACUUUAUGUUUUUAAGUAAAUGGUAAUUCGUUGAUCGUGAAUAGACAACUUAAAUAUUCAAAAAUAAAUAAAAAUAACGUGAAUUUUCAAAUGACACUUUGAAAAUUUACGAUACUCGUCUCAUGCAUUAUGUAAAUAAGGCUUUUUUGGGUAUUUAAAGUUUACAUAGGUACCAUUGCAUUUCUUGUAAAUAGGUUAAUGUAAAUAUUGGUUUCCGUUUAAUUCUUUACAAAAUAAA